GUAAACAAAACGUCCUUGAUUUUUGACACUUUAAAAAUCAGCCAAAUAAUUGGCAAAAUGAAAAUAGAGGCUAUUUUCUCGCUGUAAUAAUAUAUCUGACAAUAAUGACAGCGUCACGUUUGCCGGUGGAGGUGGUGACACACAUAAUGCAAUUCCUGUCUGUAUCGGACAGAAAAGAGGCAGCCUUGGUGUGUCAAAAUUGGUACGAGGCUUCACUGGAUCCAAUCCUGCAGCGAGACAUUAUCCUCCAUUUCUACGCUUCUUCAGCUGCUCUUACAAGCAAAGCUAUUCCUUCUCUUUCAAAACGACGACUGCCUCAUCUUGUUUUGAAUGAUUUUGAUUCUUCCCUUAAUGCCAAAGCUGUAGUUUUGAAAUCUUGUGAGCAAUUUGGUGAAAAUCUUAAAAGUUUAUCUCUGAGAGGAAGCGAGUUAACUGAAAAAACAUUUGUUGAGCUUCUGUCCCAUUGUAAGAAUUUGGUCAGCCUGGAUCUUAGUUGCUGCAACACCCUUUUCAUGACAGGCACGCUGUUGGAAAUGAAUGCAGAUAUUCAGCUACUUAAGUCAACUCUUACGAAUGUCGAAGAAGUGAACAUGUCUUCGAUUCGUCACCUUACCGAUGCGACUUUCAACAGAAUUAUGACAGUUUGUGAAAAUGUUGAAAAGGUUUCCUUGAUGUCAGCACCAAUAGUUUUUUCUUCAGAACUUUUUAAGCCAACAAGUUUUCGUUUUGCCAACAGCUCCGUUCUGACAUUCAGGAACAUGAUGGAUUUUGUGAUAACUCAACAAUGUCUGAGGUCGUUGAAUUUAUCACGAACCCAGAUUGAAGAUUCAAACCUAAAAGAGCUUGUAUCUACUCCAGAACUUCAACUUCAAGAGUUAAUUCUUGUUGGCUGUCGGAAUAUCAGCGAUGAAGGGAUUUCAAGUGUAUGCAAAUACCAAACAAGAUUGAGUUUGUUAGACAUAAAGGAAUGCCCUGAUCUUACAAACAGCUCUUUGAUGACAAUUUCAGCUUGCCUUGGACAGUUGAAACACCUGAACAUGCACAAAUGCAAGCAAGUUUCAGACAAAGCCGUCUCAACCAUGACAAAGUUGGAAGAAAUGCAAACCCUUGACCUGUCCGAAUGCCAUUUAGUCUCUUCAAAGGGUCUAAUUGCAGGUUUAUGUGGAGAUUCUAUAAGCCUUUGUCUUACUAGUCUAAAUGUUAGCUGCACUGAAGCAGAUGACAGUUUUGUAGAAAAAGCCUGCAAAAACCUUCCAGCCUUGACAUACCUUGACCUUAGCUCUUGUUUCAAGGUCACAGAUGUCAGUGUCCAUGCUAUCUCCAAAAGUCUGAAACACUUGAGGUAUUUGCGGCUGGCAUUUUGUCAUGAGGUUACAGAUCUUGGUUUGUUGGGCAUCUGUUCUGGGCUCGAUAACAAAGAUUCACAAAUUUACAAAGAUGGCUACGAGCACAAUAUGAACGUCCGAAAGUACCAAUCAACUGUGAUAUUCAAGAAACCAGAAAAGUCUCCAACUGGACCAAAGAAUGGGGAUCCUGAAGGUAAAACCUUCGCCAUCAAACCUUUAGCCUUGAGUAACUUGGCUGGUCUGCGUCACUUAGAUCUGUCUGCUUGCAAAAAACUGAGCGACACAAGUUUGAAACAGGUUCUCAAAUUUCCUGAGCUGCAUUUCCUUGGUCUUGGAAACCUGAAGGAACUAUCUGAUGAUGGUCUAGUAAAGAUUGUAUAUCAGAAUCCCAGCAUAGAAGAGCUAGAUUUGACGCAGUGUAAGAACAUUUCAGAUUUUGCGAUGGACGCUGUAACCAAGCAUCUCCAAAGAUUGAAGCUUCUCAAUGUUAUGGGUUGUGAUCUGAUUACCGACAAGACUCUCGGGUAUAUAAAGAGACAUUGCAAGCGUCUGCGACACCUUGAUGUCUCAUUCUGCGGUGGAAUUUCCCACAAUGCAAUUAAUGAACUAGAAAUAGAAAUGCCAUCGCUUAUUUCUGUUCACAAGCGCAUGAUUGGAUCGUGAAUAAGUAAAGGCUUUACUGUAAGGAAAUACGGUGAAAUGUGCAAAAAAUGUUUCAUGUUGAUUUUGGCACAAACUUGUCAACAAUCAAUCUGUCUAUAACCAAGUUUACCUGUAGUUUUUUUGGUACAGUCUACAUGUACUAGUUGUUAUUAACAUUUAUUUUAAACUGAUACAUUGAUGUACAUGUUUAAUACCAGUUGAACAGAAUGGCAUUUAUGACCUACAUAUAUACCAGGUAUUUUUAUUUGAUUCCUUGUUAUAAUAUUAUAAUUACGUGUUUCAUAAAUAUGUGAGUCCAAAGAAUUUUAUUCUGGGUAUUUUAUUUAGAGAUGUAAAAUUUGGUAUUAUACAAUAUUAUAGUAAAUUGAAUGGUUUAUUUGUUUUGAAUGUACAUAGAAAGUGUCAUUUUAGCUACACACCACUUUAUUACAAAGUUUUAACUAUUUUUGUAUCCAAACCUUGCUUCAACCAAAUAAAAUGAUUAGGGGUAAGAGUGUUCUAGUGGUGUAGGUGCCUGCCGUUCACCUAAGACGCUGUGGGUUUGAUCACAACCAGGGGUACUUUCUUAUGGCCUCUCGAAAUUGACACCAGUACUCAGGUUCAAAGCCAGGAAACAGACUCCGCAGUUAUUUUAUAAGCUAUCAGCUUUCAUCAAUAACAAAAUGAAAUAAAGUAGUAUAAAGUUUAUGAUUCAAAUGUGCACUGAAUAAGAUUAAAAUCCUUGGCUAAACAUGUUUCGAUAAGUAGGUUAAUUUAGGUCAUGUUAACAUGUAAGAAUGUCUUUUUUGUGCCAGCUGAUAAGUAUGAUAUAACAUUUUGUUUGUUCAAUAAUUGACUUCUGAGUCUCCACAAUAUUAUUUUAUGAUUUGUUUUGUUUUGUGUGCUUCUUGUAUUUAAUUUAAAAUUAAAUUUAUAUUUAUUCAAAAUAUCAUUUUUUAAAGGGAUAAAUUACUGUUUUUAAAAAAUUGUAUUCAUUUUUAAGAUAUAUUUAUCAUUAAACAUGGCAAGGUACAUCACAGUCUAUUAAAUUAAUAACAUUUAUAUAUUGUUGUACUGAUAUAUAAUCUCAUCUAUGCUUCGAUGAUCCAAUAGGAUCAUCUUCUCAGUUUUCAAAUUAUUUCACAAUAUUUUUUGAAGUGACACUCUUAUUCAAAAUCAAUACAUACACAGAAUAACAAACAUAAAUUUUGACUGAUAAACCUUUAACUACUUACUAAAUAAUGCAUUUAUGGAAAAUCUUAAUUACUGAUAAUUGGGACCAAUAAUAAACUCCUGCUCCCAGCUGAUAACAAGUUUAUAACCGUGUAUUUAGUAGUUGAAAACGCAAAAAUAUAAAAUGAUUGGUGAAUGCUAAAAGAUUUACUGUGAUAUUCUAUCUUGUCAUAAGGUAGAAAUACCAUUUUUGUACAUGUACAUUUCGUUCAAAUUAAACUCGGUAUCUUUCAUAAGAAACAUUGUUUUCGGCAUUUAUUCAUCCAGUUUGGAAUAUUAAAACAGUAUUAUUAAUUGUGGUAAAUCUUUUUUGGGAGUAAGAGUGCAUCUUUAAGUAGAAAACUGAAAACGUUAACUAAUUUAAUUCUUGUAGCAAAGCAAACGUUAUAUCGUUUAAAAAAUAAACCUUUAAGAAACAUGUUAUGCUAUGCUAUGUUUUAAGUACUUUAAGAGUUGCAAUUUUUACUCUUGUUUGUAAUAGUAACUUUUUUUUCUUUUCUCAAGUUCUAUCGUAUAUGUAAAUUUGAAUUUUUCUCGUUGUUCAAAUGUUUGUUGUUCAUUACUGUCAUCAUUUUAGCUGUCUUAUUUUCGAAGCAAAAAAGAGUCAGAGGUAUUGUCAUAGCCUUGGUGUUGUUGUCCCUGUUGUCCCAUAAUCUGACUUAAAUAACUGUUGAGUUAUGCUCAUUUUUGAGUUAACUUAUAAAAAUUGCUGUCUCUCAAAAACCAAUGUAGAUAUUAAUAUGAUACUUAGCACACUUGUUGCCAGAGACAUUACGCCCAUAGUCAGCAAGGCCCUUGACUCUGACUUAAAUAUUUGUUGAAUUAUGCCCCUUUUUUACUAAACUUAUAACAAUGGCCAUCACUCAUAGCACCAAUGAAGAUAGUCAUAUGGAACUUGGCACUCAUGUUGCCAGGGACAUAACGCACAUGUGCAACAAGACCCAUAACUCUGACUCAAAUAACUGUUGAGCUAUGCCCCUUUUUGACUAAACUUCUGCCAAUGGCCGUAAUAAAGAUAUUCAUACGGAACUUGGUCAGCAAGGCCCAUAACUCUGAUUUGAAUAAUUGUUGAGUUAUGCCGCAUUUUGACAUUUACAAUGUCCGUCACUCAAACACCAAUAAAUAUCUCAUAUGGAACUUGGAACACGUGUUGCCAGAGACGUAACGCACAUGUUCAGCGAGGCUCAUAACUCUGACUUAUAUAAUUGUUGAGUUAUGCCCCUUGUUUACUAAAUUUUUAACAAUGGCCCUCACUCAAACAAAAAUAGAGAUAUUCAUAUGAAACUUGGUACACAUGUUGCCAGAGACAUAACGCACAUUUUCAGCAAGGCCCAUAACUCUGACAUAAAUAAUUGUGAUGUCCCUUUUUGACUAAUAUUAUAACAAUGGCCGUCACUCAAACACGAAUAGAGAUAUUCAUAUGAAACUUGGUACACAUGUUGCCAGAGACAUAACGCACAUGUUCAGCAAGGCCCACAACUCUGACUUAUACAACUGAUGAGUAAUGCCCCUUUUCACUUAUAAAACUACAACAGACAGGUGUUGGCGUUCAGUCCUCGGCGCUCUUUGUUUAUAUGUUUAAUUUACUCCAGGCUGUGAUUUAUUCAAGAAAGUGAUAUUUUGAUAUUUUGUCGUUUUGUAUGGAUGCUGAAGGAAAUCCAUGGACGGAGUUGUGUUCAUUCCAGUUGUUAUGGACUAUGGCUGGCUGUUUUCUUUAAUUUGAAAAUUAUUCAAAUUUUAGGAUAUGAAUGACUUGCUUUAAGUUUGCCACAAUUGUUAUUGUUUUAUGUGUUGUUAAAGUUGAUAUUUCUUGCUCAAUAAAACUCAUUCAAGA